UGUACGAUACACCUAGUCGUAAGACCUGGGAGAAACCACAACAAACAAACCAGGAAUGUGGACUCACUCUACCACGGUCACCAGGUCGGCAAACGAUUCUGGGGAAUCAAUAACACCCAAGAAUCAUUAUUAGAGUUAGUGCCGGCGUUGCCUGAUCGUCAUGCCUGAGGCACCAUACCCACUAUCCCGUGACUCCGAGGCUGUGCUGCGCUUGUUGCGUGUUACGGAGACGCUCUCCAGGCGCUCGAACAGAGUCACCCUCACAAACUAAACUCUCGUCCUUUCUCCCCUUCUCCACCCCCCGGUCGCAUCAUUCAUGACUCUCUGCAGCUCCUUUUUCCCUCCUUCAUCUUUUGUCCCCGGGUGCUGACUGAACAUCGUUAAUUUGAUUCGCUUUCCCUUUGUUGUUUUCCCUCCCCUCUCGAUGAGUGCCCGCUUUAAUCUCCUUCGACGACCGUCCGAUUGGUCAUAGCUUUCAGUCAACAACAAAAAGAGCCACCGUACCGAACACUGAAACUCUCCUGGAAUCCUCGUCGAUUUCCCUUCCAGUCAGACAGAGGCAGUCUUCCGGUCGUCUAUCUCUGACAAGGCUCAACUAUGCGACCGCCACGUUUGAUCUUUCUUGUUUUCUGUUUCAUCUUCUUUCCGAUCUUCCUCACUCUCUUUUCGGUUCUUACAUCAUCGUCUCGUGUGACCACCCCCAGUUCGUUCGCGGGUCGAGCGACGGGACUUCAUGCUCUCUUUUCUUUCAACAUCCCCUCCUCGCUAUUCCCACCGUCUGCUAUCAUCAGUCUGACCGAUGAUAACUCGACAUUCUUCCUGGCCCGGCCCGCGGCGUUUGGCCCGCUCCUUCCCGACAAGGGGCUCAGCGGUCAGCUAUGGAUCGGCAGCGGAUUCGGAGAUAGAACCACUGCCGGGGCGGAAGGUGAACUAGGGUGUUCAGAUAUUCCAGGAUGGGGUGAGGGCGAGGGUCACAGGCAGGACAUCCCAGCGGUGUCGGAUCCCAUACUCGGGAAGCCUGUGCCCGGUGGUGGAGCUGACCCGGCAGCUUCGAAUAUUCAUCGUACGGAUCCUAAGCAGGACAUCGACGCACAAGCCAGCACAAAUGACGGGGUGGUGACACCGUCGACGAACGAUGGCACGGAUGAUCACCUGCACCACCCACUCCCCGAAUCUAACGUAGCGGAGUCGGGGGCCUCUGAGCAGCGCGGGGAUAGCCACCAGAACAGGCAAACUGAGCAUGCCGAUAUACAGUCUUUACAGGAGAGCGCUGAGAUCAGUGGUAAGGUUGUUCUAUUGAGUCGGGGUGGUUGCGGCUUCUUGGAGAAGGUCAAAUGGGCUCAAAGGCGUGGAGGGAUCGCGUUAAUUGUGGGGGAUGACACCCGUGGAGGUAGCCUUAUCACCAUGUACGCGCGAGGCGAUACAUCCAACGUGACAAUUCCCGCACUAUUCACAUCGUAUACCACGGCGCAUCUACUCUCGUCGCUUGUUCCUCCGCAGGCCGGAGGAGAUUUGAGCGUAGAUGAUCCUUCUGGGCAACGCCACACAAAGCUUUCCAGCCAGAGUACGAUUGGAAACCAGCAGAAAGCGCCUACGCUGACAUCUGCCGCGGCUGUGUCACCAACCUCCACGCGAUAUGCCGCAUCACCUGGUGGGAAAUCGACCUCGGCAACCCGCAAAGCAGGCUUCAUUCAGAGUCUCGUGUCCCUGUUGGGAAUAGGGAGAAACAGUGGACGCGUACCAGAGGAUAGCCAACGACCUCCCAGCAGUGGGAACAUUGAUUGGGUUCUGAAGGAUCCCUGGGAUGAUAUGGAGAUAUCUGAGGACGACACCGAUCGUGUUACCAACCGGGCAAAAGCCGAUAGCGGUGCUGGCGACCGCAAGAAACCUGAAGUUGCUUCUCAAGAGGCCGACGGUGAUGGGUUUAUGAUUGGUGUUCAGGAUUGGCGUGACCCAGACCUUCUAGUCCCGAUCAGCAGUUCCAUCCCAUCGCCGAGCAAUGUCCCGGAGCCGGACGCUAGCAAAACGCAGACCACCGGGAAAGGCUCACGCCCCACAGGUUCCUCGCUCAAGGGCGGUAGCAUAACCCCAGGAAGCGGUGAGUAUCGUACUCUGGAUAAAUCAAAAACUAGCAAAGGAGGGUUGCACAGCUCCAACCACCAGAGCUUGGCUAGUGACACCCAAGGACACCCUAAGCAGAGCAAGGGAUGGUUUGCAAGACAUUUCUCUUGGACGAAGAGUGACGAGAAAGAUGCGAGUCGGCCUUUCAGGCGAGACUAUAUCGAAGAUCGAAAGUUGCAUGGUGCAUCUGCAGUCCAGGGCCUCCAAAACGCUGGACAGCUGGAGCAUGAGGGUUUAUGGGUCACACUGACCCCGACAAGCAUGUCCACUAGUCCGUUCUUCGAUACACUUCUGAUACUCGUCGUGAGCCCCCUGCUUACACUGACGGUGGUGUAUGCUCUUUUGUUGCUGCGCUCUCGCAUCCGUCGACGACGUUGGCGCGCCCCCAAAUCGUUGGUUGACCGUCUUCCCGUAAGAACUUACCACACAAUCAGCACAUCGUCGUCAACAUCAUGCUCGUCCCGGUCCUCUAGCCCUGGCCCGGUCUCACCAACUUCGCCCUUGCUGGGCUCAAAAAGCCGUUCGGGACACCAUCGCUCUCAGGAGACACCGGAGGCCAUGGUAGACCUGAAGAGCUCCAAAAGGAAGUCAUCCAAGAAAGAGAAGUCCGGCCCGUCAUCCGCGCUCUGGAGGCGCAAAUAUACUGGCCGGCAGGUGGAGUGCGUUGUCUGCCUCGAAGAAUACGUGGACGGACAGAGCAGGGUGAUGAGCUUGCCCUGUGGGCAUGAGUUCCAUGCGGAGUGCAUGUAAGUGGCAGUUAACCUAAUUGUCUUCUGGUAAGUGUCGCUAACAGUAACAGUACGCCGUGGCUGACCACUCGUCGGCGAACCUGUCCCAUCUGCAAAGGGG